ACUUGACAUAUAGCUUCACUCAUUCAUUCACACACACCUCAAAAUUCAAAAAACAAAUAUUAAAGUGCCUUUUAUUUUUCUCUUAGUACUUGAAGAAUCUCCUCUUGAAAGAUAACAUGAGGAUAGAAGGUAUGAGACUAGUUUGUGGUUUGAUUGUGGUGAUUGUGUUGCUGAAUUCAAAGAAAAGUGAGAGCAGAAGAUCAAAGAGUGGUUCUAGAAGCAAUUCAUUUGAGUACAAUGCUAUAAACUGCAGAGCACACAGUGCAUCAUUGGUUGAUUAUGGAGGAGUUGGAGAUGGAAAAACAUCAAACACAAAGGCAUUUGAAAAUGCAAUCAGAAAGCUGAGUGAGUAUGAAUCAAAAGGUGGUGCUCAGCUCUAUGUUCCUGCUGGAAAAUGGCUCACUGGAAGCUUCAAUCUCAUUAGUCACUUCACUUUGUAUUUGCAUCAAGAUGCUGUUCUUCUUGCUUCUCAGGAUAUGAAUGAGUGGCCUGUGAUCAAACCACUACCAUCUUAUGGAAGAGGAAGAGAUGCUGCAGCUGGAAGAUACACCAGCCUCAUAUUUGGAACAAACCUCACUGAUGUCAUUAUCACAGGAGACAAUGGCACCAUAGAUGGUCAAGGUGCAUUUUGGUGGCAGCAAUUUCACAAGAAAAAAUUGAAAUACACUCGCCCUUACUUAAUUGAAUUAAUGUUCUCAGACAAUAUUCAAAUCUCAAAUCUAACACUCCUAAAUUCACCAUCAUGGCAUGUUCAUCCAACUUAUAGCAGCAACAUUAUCAUUAAAGGCAUCACCAUCAAUGCUCCUGUCACAUCUCCAAACACUGAUGGAAUUAACCCAGAUUCUUGCACAAACACCAGAAUUGAAGAUUGCUACAUAGUUUCUGGAGAUGAUUGUGUAGCAGUGAAGAGUGGCUGGGAUGAAUAUGGAAUAAAGUUUGGUAUGCCAACAAAACAACUUGCAAUUAGAAGACUCACUUGCAUUUCACCAUACAGUGCUACCAUUGCCUUAGGAAGUGAAAUGUCCGGCGGAAUCGAAGACGUUAGAGCCGAAGACAUCACGGCGAUCAACACAGAAUCCGGUGUCAGGAUCAAGACGGCUGUAGGGAGAGGAGGGUAUGUUAAGGACAUCUAUGUCAAAAGAAUGUACCUUCACACAAUGAAAUGGGCAUUCUGGAUGACUGGUAACUAUGGCUCCCAUGCUGAUAGCCACUAUGAUCCGAAUGCAUUGCCUGAGAUCAAAGGUAUCAACUAUAGAGAUGUUGUUGCUGAGAAUGUGAGCAUGGCUGCAAGAUUGGAAGGGAUAUCUAAAGACCCUUUUACUGGAAUUUGCAUGGCCAAUGUCACAAUUGGUUUGGCUGCAAAGCAUAAGAAGCAGCCAUGGACUUGCACUGAUAUUCAAGGGGUUACUAGUGGUGUGACUCCUCAACCAUGUGAUUUGUUACCUGAUCAGGGUCCAAAGAAGAUCACAGCUUGUGAUUUUCCACCUGAGAAUUUACCUAUUGAUAUGGUGGAACUCAAGAAAUGUAGUUACACCAUGAAACAUGCAUAAGCAUAACACAUGAAACAUGCUACCUAGUUAUUAUUUAUAUAUCUCUAGUCCUUCCUAGAUUAUCCAGAUACUAUUGCUCAAGUUGUGAAAUGAACUCUGUUAAACUAUGUUAUUUAUAGAGUUUCUUUGACUUUGUUUUUCCCCUC